AUGUUUUCCUCCUCCGAGCCAGAGAUCGUCAGCGCAAAGCAGGCUAUGAAGGAAGACCAAUGGGACGACUGCAUGAGUUGCCGAGUCACUGGCUCUGCUGCGUUCGUCGGUCUCGGGGUCUAUAGUUAUUACACUGGCAUGAACAACCUCCGAAAACAAGAGAAAGCUAUCAUGCAGGGUGCAACCAAGUACAAGAUGGGAUCACGCCGUUUGGGUAUUGCCUCAAUAUCAGCCAGUCUGGUUGGGCUGGGAAUCUGGAGGGCCUUCAACUAG